CUUUUUCCUUGCUAACGAAAUCUCUUGUGUGGACCAAAACAACCGGCGACGGAAUUCCCGCUCUCCGUUUCAUCGCCAGCCCCUCCUUAAGUCUCCUCCUUGGCCGUAACCACCUCCCUUGAAAUCUCCACCCGCCCUCGCUGUCGAUUCUGAUCUCUUACAGUUUCGAUUUUGAUCUGUCUUCGACAAAAGAAAAUUCGACUUCCUUCUCAUCCAAUUCGUUGCUUUGGGUGAAAAUUUCGUUUCAGAAUGUGGCGAUGGCGUUCACUCUGCGUCAACUCCAGCAAAUCAUCGUUUGAUUUUGCCAUGGGAAACGAACGACGACUUGUCGCUGCGCGUCCUCACCACCUCCAGGCCGCACUUCGUCACUUCUCUUCGUCUGCCGGGGAGCAAUCGUCGUCCGCUACUGAUGACGGUCAGGGGCUCAAUUCCCUCCUGCGAUCGUUGUCCGGUGUCGUCCUGGCCGCGAGCGCGGCCGCCUGCUUCUGGCCUUCCCCUGCCGAGUCGUACGCUCGUGCCGAUUUGGCCGCGCAGGAAGAUACUGGUAUUUUUCGGAGGAAGGAACCGAGAUAUAUUUUUGGAGAAGCGUACAGGAGGAGAGUCUUCUUUAACUAUGAGAAGCGAAUAAGGUUGCGAAGUUCUCCUGAAAAGGUUUUUGAGUAUUUUGCCUCGUACCGAAAUUCAAAAGGAGAGUUAUUCAUGACGCCAGCAGAUUUAAUGCGUGCAAUAGUCCCUGUGUUUCCUCCAUCAGAAUCAAACAUUGUUCGAGAAGGGUUUCUAAGAGGGGAAAGGCCACCUGGAGAGUUACAUUGUGCUGCUUCAACAUUUUUUAUGCUUUUUGAUACCAAUAAUGAUGGCCUUAUUUCGUUUGCCGAGUACAUUUUCUUUGUGACCCUCCUGAGUAUUCCAGAGUCAAGCUUUUCUGCAGCAUUUAAAAUGUUUGACCUGGACAAUAACGGAAAGAUUGAAAGAGAGGAGUUUAAGAAGGUUAUGUCUUUGAUGAGAUCGUAUAACAGACAAGGGAUAAAACAUAGGGAUGGCAAGCGCAUUGGGUUGAAAAUUGGGGAUUCUGUAGAGAAUGGUGGCUUGGUGGAGUAUUUCUUUGGGAAAGAUGGCAACUCUAGCCUCCAACAUGAAAAGUUUGUUGGGUUCUUGAGAGACUUGCAUGAUGAGAUUAUUGGUUUGGAAUUUUCUCAUUAUGAUUACAAGUUAAGAGGGAAAAUAUCAGCUAAAGAUUUUGCUCUUUCUAUGGUUGCUGCUGCCGACAUGAAUCACAUAAACAGGUUCUUGGAUCUGGUAGAACAAAUUGACAAUGAUCCCCAUAUCAGAGAUAUCUGGAUAACGCUGGAGGAAUUCAAGGCCUUUGCAGAACUGCGCAGGCGGAUACAGCCACUUGCACUUGCCAUAUUUAGUUAUGGGAAAGUAAAUGGUCUAUUAACAAAGAAGGAUUUCCAAAGAGCUGCAUCCCAGGUUUGUGGUGUCACCAUAACAGAUGAUCUGGUCGAUGUGAUAUUUUAUAUUUUCGACACAAACAAAGAUGGGAAUUUGAGCUCCGAGGAAUUUUUGGCUGUCUUGCAAAGACGAGAGCAGGAUGUUGCAAAUCCUACCGGAACAGGGUUUGUUGGCAUGCUUUUAUGCUGGCUAAACUGUGCAAAGGCGUGCCCCUUUCCACGUAUUCUUAUGGGGUCUGAUGCAGCUUCUUGUUGAGCAUCACUGCAAGAGGGUAUAUGCUCUGAAGCCAAGAAAGGUCCUGCUGCUGUGACAUAGGAUGAGUUUAACCUAGACUUAGUGAUUAGACUACACAGACAUGCACGAUCAUGCAGGUCAGACUUUGUACAGCUGAUAUAGCAGAUUUUUCAAUAGGAAAUAAUGAUUUGGUCCUCCAGAUGAGAAAAAUCGCUGGAGAUUUUUGUACAGAAAGGAGCUUUGUACACCCAUGUAUAUGCAUGUCGAUGUUCAUGUAUAUAGCUGACCUCCUUCCAGUUUGGAGACCACGUUUUGGUAGAAAAUGUGGAAUUCAUAUGGUUUGUUACGAUUUCGUUUUUAAAACAAGUUUAGUGUAUUAUUAAGUAUUUGGGGACUGCUGACUGUCUAAAUUAUUGUGUAA